GGUUUUUUUUCACACUGAAUACCAAGCUUGUAGCUGCUUCUCUUUUAUUCAGUUUGAGGCCCAGCGGGUUGAGCUGUGCUCCGUCUGUUUUCUUGUUGGUUUGUUUUGUUUCCGAUGCUCACACGUUGCACAGCACAGGCCUGGACAACAUGAAUGACCAGAACAACACUGAGGAGAUGCAGAGGAUAUUUCAAGAGGCCCCUGCAGCCAGACAGUCUCUCCUGGACAACUACAACAACCUGCACAAGGUAGCCGAGUACUGUGAGAGCAACUACUUACAGGGGGAAGACCAGGCAAAGGCCCUGGAGGAGACGAAAGCCUUCACCACCCAAUCCCUGGCCAGCGUGGCGUACCAGAUCAGCACCCUGGCCACCAGUGUGCUCAAACUGCUGGAUGUACAGACUGACGAGCUGAGCAGGAUGGAGUCCUCUGUGAACCUCGUCACGCAGAUAGUGGAUAUGCACCGGGAAAAGGUGUCCCGGCGGGAAAUUGGUGCAUUCACCACCUCCAAGAAAGUGCAUCGGAACCAGAAAAUCAUUCCGCCCACUAGCCAGGAGCCAAGAGGCAGGUACAUCCGGAAUCCCAUAACCUACUCAUCACUGGACACCGUCGGGCAUGGCGUGAAGGGCACGGGAAAGCAACUGGGCAGAACUGGCACCAUGAACAAGAAGCAGUCAAUAAACAGCAGAGAGGCCCAGGGAACACUGGGGAGGAGUUCUCGAGCCCCUGAACCUGUCCAGUGUCCUGUCGUUCCGUCUCUUUCCCGCGGACCGUCCAUGUCCUCCCUCAAUGACCGUUCGACUGGUUCCAGUUUUGGGAUCGCCGUGCCCUCGCCUUCAGUGCCUGCCUUCAUUGUGCCGGACAUCCCGCCACCUGUCCUGGAGGAGUGUCCGCUGCCCCCUCCCCUGGAUAUGCCCCUCCCUCCCCCAGCCCCUGGUGGGACUUAUAUCCCGCCACCACCUCCGCCAGCCCCCACUAUCCCAUCAGUCCUUGCCCCAGCACCUCUUCCUCCAGCUCCGCCACUCUUAAUAGGAGAGCAUAAUUUCCCUUCACCUGUGAUGUCAGACUUUCUCCCACCUCCAAUGGCUGAUGGCCUACCAGCACCGCCCCCUCUCCCGUCCAAUGGGCUCAGUUCAGAGGUGGAUUUCCAAGCUCCUCCCCCACCCCCAGAGAUGUACUCCGAGUUUGAUGACUGCAGUCCGCCCCCCCCUCCCCCAGUGGAUUAUGAUGAUGGGGCUCCUCCCAAUUACAUGGAAAAGGUGGUUGCGCUGUACGCCUACAACACAGACAAGGCUGACGAGCUCUCAUUUGAAGCGGGGGAGAUUAUUUACGUCAUCAGGAAGAACGCCGAUGGCUGGUACGAAGGAGUCCUGCACGGCGUGGAAGGGUUCUUCCCUGAAAACUACGUGGUGCAGACUAGUUAACAGCGCAGCUUGGAGACCCACAGCAGGGCAAGGGAACUGACCUGCUGGAGAAUGGCAAACAAACUGAGCAGUCAACAAAUCCCGCAGCUCGAUUAAGCAUAUAAAACUAGACUGCGAAAGAAUGUAGUCAGUACACCAACUGCUGGUUUCACAGACCAGGAUUAUUCUUGGUUUACUUUACCUAAAAUAACACAGGGUACUUCAUGCUUAGUGCUAACCAGGGUUUGUGAAACUAGUCGUAAGAAUUUAUAUCACUGUGCAAAGCCAUAGCUUAAAAAACUUUUUGUACAAAAAAAAAAAAAAAAAAAAAACUUUGCAUAAGUAAAACUGGACUUUUCCAAUAUAUUUUAUUUGUUGUUAUGAACUUAUACUAUGAAUUAUGUUUUGUUUGUUUUUUUUUUUUUUAAAAAAGGUCAUUAAGUUAUGUAGGCAAGCAGUACCAUCAGAGAAGAAAGGAGCAAACUGUUAUUAAUGUUUGUGUUAAUUACUAAAUGAGUAAUAAGGAAUGGUGUUCAAUAUGUAGCAAAUUCUGUCCAGUUACUAUUUGCUUUUGGGGUGAUAACAUUAUUUUCUUUCCUAUUUUGCUACAUUCUGCCAAGGGGUAACUAUUUAUUAGUUGCUUAUUAACUAUUGAACAUGCAAUGCAUUUCCUCUGUGCAGUAUUCAUUUUAUUGUCACGCGAUUUACUUUGGGACUAACAUAUAAAUCAAAGGAUAGACAAGGAACUGUGAGACCGUUUGACUGGAUUCAUUUCUUUCAUUUUGUAAAACUUUUGUUGUUGAGAAGCAGAGCCGAUAACAAUAUGUUAUUAAUACCAUUUAAUAUGUCAUAUGUAUUUUAAAUUGUUUGAAUAGGACGUUAACAUUAAUGGAUUAAUGCACUUAGCACCCCCUGGUGGCUGUAAAUUAAAGACAUUCAGAGUUUAUUUAAAGGGAACUUGAGAUUAAAAUGUUCUGCUUUUUAAAUAUAUGAUUCAUUCAUUUUGUAACCCAUUACAUGCAACAGGCAAUUACAGAAAAAAGUAAUGGGCUCAUACAUUACAAAUAAU